UAUAUAAGCCCACGAUGAGCGGGUCGAAUUCGAAGGCUGCGGCCGUGGGGUCGGCCGUUGGGCCCGGGGGGCUGGUAACUGGCAAGGAAGAGAAGAAGAAGGCGGGCGGCGGCGUCCUAAACAGGCUCAAGGCACGGCUGCAGGCGCCCCACCACGCGGUAGACGACGGCAUCGGGGCAGCGGUCACAGAGCAGGAGCUGCUGGCUCUGGACACCAUCCGGCCCGAGCACGUCCUGCGCCUCAGCCGGGUCACCGAGAAUUAUUUAUGUAAACCCGAAGACAACGUCUACAGUAUUGAUUUUACCCGCUUCAAAAUUCGAGAUUUGGAGACAGGGACAGCGCUGUUUGAGAUUGCCAAACCUUGUGUUUCAGACCAGGAGGAAGAAGAGGACGAGGAAAGGGAAGCAGGCGGGGAUGUGGACGUCAGCGCUGGCCGCUUCGUCCGCUACCAGUUCACACCAGCGUUUCUCCGCCUCCGCACCGUGGGCGCCACGGUGGAGUUCACGGUGGGAGACAAACCUGUGUCAAAUUUCCGGAUGAUUGAACGGCACUACUUUCGGGAACGCCUGCUGAAAAAUUUUGACUUUGAUUUCGGCUUCUGCAUCCCCAGCAGCAGGAACACUUGCGAGCACAUCUAUGAGUUUCCCCAACUUUCUGAGGAUGUCAUUCGUCUGAUGAUUGAAAAUCCCUAUGAGACCCGUUCUGACAGCUUUUACUUCAUCGACAACAAGCUGAUAAUGCACAACAAGGCCGACUAUGCCUGUAACGGGGGCCAGUAGCAGUGGCUGGAGCAGACGGGGAGGUGCUUUGCUAUGGCCCGAGGUCCUGGUGCAUGGAGGUGGUUGAAGCUGUUGUCUGUCGACACAUAUCUGGAACCUGGCCCCAGGAAGCCGAGGCUGGGGUGGCAGUUUCCUGUGCUCCAAGCGAGGUGCCAAGCAGUGCUGUGGCUCUUUCCCCCUGUAUUUUUUCCU